CUACAGACGAGCAGCCAUAAGAACCAAAGGGGUAAAAACGUCGAGAGAAAGAGAGAUCUCAGUAAGUUGGUGCCAUGCUGGGUGAAGGUUUUCUCAGAGUACUGCGUUAUAGGGAGGAGAGAAGGGUCACCUCGGCUUCCAAGCAACACCGAGCGCAGACACACACUCCGUGUUUAGAUCCUCUUGGCAGCGUUUCCUCAGACCCGUGCACACUGGAACCAGGUCCAAACAAGGAAGAGGUAGUUCCCAACCAAAGCCAGGGACUGAGUGCAGCAUCUCAGGCUGCUGUUGGCGUCUCCAUCCCUGGGUCUUCACCAGUCAUCACCCUGGACCCUGACCUCUCAGACGGCCUGGACUCCUGCAGUCUGCUACAGCAUUAUCCAGACUUACGGCUGGGGAAGGAGACCGGGGAGCUUGCUGACUUGGACAGCCCGCUGAGAAGCACCGUUCCUGGAUACAGUUCUUCAACUCCGCACUCUAUCUCUAGUCAUCCUCCUCAUUCAUUACGUGUUGACCACAGGGAGCAACAAGGAGAGCUGGGGGCCUCAGUGCCUGACCAGGGGUAUCUGGUCAUGGGAGUUAGUGUAACAACCAGCCUGGACCUGCCUGGGUCUGGACUGGAGCCUAUGUCCAACUCAGUCCUGAAUGGGCUGCUGGAGAAACAGCUGGAGGAGGUUUACCUGCAGCACCUGACUGAAAGCCUGGCUCGCUGCCACUCCCACCUGGGGAACAGCCUCCUGCACGGCCUGGUGCCUCCACCACAGCCAGGCAGCCAGUCGCAGGGACCAGACUCACUGGAGGCAAAUCUGGAAGAGGAGGGAGCGGGGGGAGAUGGCAAAAAGAUUAGUUAUCUGAACACACAGAAUUUAGCUCCCUGCUCGUCCAACUUCAGCUCCCCGGUGUUACGGAUUUCAGAGGCUGAGAUGGUUCCUCCACAGUGCCACACAAAAGCAAACGCAUGACUGCAUUAUGUAAAUGUCAUGCUCAGCUGGCCUUUUUUCACUUCUGCACUUCUGUACAGCUGAGGGUACACACACACACGCACAUACACACGCACAUGCGCACGCACACACGCACACACACACACACACACACACAUGCACAAACACAUAGGACAUGGUGCAACUACAAGUAAUAAUUUUAAGCAAGCUUUCUGCUUUUCUGCUGUGGGUAUUUUAUUUUAGUUACACUUUGAUUAGUUUUCAGAAAUUACCAUGGUGUUUUGUUUGCUGCUUUGUUGAAAUGAUGCUCUAAAGUUACUUGCUCACAUAUGCCAUCUGCUGUUAGAAUAUAGUACUGCAUCAUCUUGUGAGGGCCUGCUGUUGAUUGAAAUUAUCAAGAUU